AUGAUUCGAUACAAUCUUAUGCCUGUGGAUUGUGAACAAAGUUUUACUUUGCUACUAUGUAUUUUGUACUCUGUCACUAAAACAGACUCUGACUAUUCCCCGACUCGGGCUCAACAAAGAGCCACCCAUGGUCGACGCUGCAGAUACAUCCCUACGGAUCCGUCCGAUCCACUGACUUUACUAUUAGACGCUAGCUUUAGUACUAGAAGCAGGCAUAGGAACCCUGAUAUAUUCAGAAUUGACGAUUACAUUGAUUUUUUCGAAAACAAAUGCAAAAUUCUUGAUAUCGAUAACAGCAACUUACAGAAAGAUUUGCUUCUGAAUUUACUAACACCAGAGAUAUUCCACGAAUUAAAAGUAGCUUUAACGCCUGAUUUCGAUAUAGCUACAUACAGCGAAAUUUGUAACAACUUAUUAGACCUCUAUCGCAUAAAAACGACGAGGUAUAGAGCCUUAACAGAAUUCUGGAAUUGCACUAGAGAACAAAAUGAAACGAUGGAACACUAUGCAAACAGAUUAAAAGGUCUUAGUCGGGAUUGUGGCUACACUAAUGACUUCCUGGAACGACAAUUACGUGACCGCUUUGCCACUGGAUUGAAUCAUCCAGAUUUAGAAACCGACUUGAAACAAAAAUGGCCUGAUUUAGUUCAAAUGGUAGACGGAAUACCAAGAGAAGUAACCCUUCAACAAAUUUUUACAAUCUCUCAAUCAAGAGAACAAGCAGAACAAGACACACCACGAACAAGUAUUAAAAAAAUAAAUAGGAGCAAAACCAAAACCGUACCAUUACAUCAAAAUACAACACGAAAAUUAAAUCCAAUGCAUUGUUUACGCUGUGGAAAGAAAGAACGGCAGAGCCUAUCACAGUGUUCAGCCAAGGACCAUAUUUGUAAAGAAUGUAACACGAAAGCACACUUUGAGAGUUGUUGCAUUAAGUCUGGACGGGCAUACAUCAGCUAUUCAGAAGGGAGCCGAAAAUCAAUUAAAAAAAUAACAAGACCUCAUAAGUCCUCAACAUCAUCAUCAUCAUUUAUCAGUAAUAACGAGGAAGAAAGCGAUGAUGAAGUUAUCUGCAGCGUCUUGGGUACACGUAAGAGAGAAUGCAAACAAAUCGAUGUACGGAUCAAUGACAUACCUUGCACUAUGGAUCGGGACCCCGGCUCUGCGUAUUCAAUAAUAAACACGACAUUGUGGAAAAAAUUAGGAUCACCAUCUUUACAACCCGCCCCGAAACUUAAAGCCUACGGCAACACAAACUUAAAAACAAAGGGAAUUACAAAAGUGACAGUCGAAGUCGACGGACUGCAAAAACUUCUACCUGUGGUCGUAAUGAAAAAUGCCAAACCAAUGUUAUUUGGUUUACAUUGGAGUGAAGUUUUUGAAAUGGAAUUUCCAAAACCAGUAUACUCCAUCAAAACAUCAACACCGAUUACUCUUAAACAAAUACUGGAUAAACAUUCACAACUCUUUGAUGGAAAACUAGGAAAAGUUAACAAUUAUUACGUAAACAUACAUGUCAAACCAGAAGCUGAACCGAUCCACUUUCCUGCACGGCCUAUAAAAUUUAGCAUGAAAAAGAAUAUAGAAAGGGAGAUAGAUCGUCUGAUCUCAGAAGGGAUAGUGGAAAAAGUAGAUCCUAAUAUUACACCUAUUGAAUGGGCUACACCCACAGUUAACAUUCUGAAAUCUACAGGGGAAGUUAGGAUAUGUGGAGACUACAGAACUACACUUAAUCCAGUACUUAUUAAACAUCUACAUUACAAAACAUCAUUAUUAAACCCAGUUCCAAUUUUCGAUCAACUACGCCAAAAUCUCGCAAACGGUAAAUUAUUUUCAAAAAUAGACCUUAAAGACGCAUACUUACAAUUUAAAAUAGCACCGGUUCGAAAAAGUACUUGA